UUCAAAGAUCCUUCUCUUGUGAGGAAGCAGCUGUCUCUUGCUGCCGUACACAGGGUCUGUCUGAAGAUUUUGCUCAUCAUGGCUGAAACUGGAAGUUGCACGUCUGUCAUUAACUUGCGUUACCAAGAUGGCAGCGAGGGAAGCCCCUCCAACCCUGCCAAGUUUAAAAAUCAAGAUUUUGCUCAGAUAAAAGCUGACUGCCUCCACAGCGGGCGACUGUUUGUGGACAACACCUUCCCACCUAACAGUGGUUCUUUGGGUGACCUGCCUGAUCUGAGCACCUCGCAGGAGAACGACGUGGAAUGGCUUCGACCGGCAGAGAUUUUGAAAUUACAAAAAAUCAAUGAUGAGCCUGCUUUCUGUAUUGAUGGAGCCUCACGAUUUGACUUCGGGCAAGGCCUUGUGGGUAACUGCUGGUUUCUUUCUGCAAUAUCAGCACUGACGUUUAAAAAAAAACUGUUGGCACAAGUUGUGCCGUUGGACCAGUCCUUCAAGAAUUACGCAGGAAUAUUUCACUUCAGGUUCUGGAGGUUUGGAAAGUGGGUAGAUGUUAUCAUUGAUGAUUAUCUGCCAACAAUCAACAAGCAGUUGUUGUUAGCGCAUAGCAAAUGUGGAAAUGAGUUCUGGGUUCCACUGCUGGAGAAGGCAUAUGCCAAAAUUUGUGGUUCAUAUGCAGACUUGCAUUGGGGGUCACCAUCAGAAUCCUUCAAAGACUUCACUGGAGGGGUGACCAUGACUUACAAACUCAGGGAGGCCCACUCAGCAGGCCAUGAUGCAGAGCUGUGGCUCACGCUCAAGAGAGCUAUUCAGUGUAAAUCACUGAUUUGCUGUGGGACUUUCCCAAAAGGGGAUGCUUUGGUCAACACUGUUUCUCACACUGGACUGGUGGAUGCUCACGCUUAUUCUGUCACAGCUGUCACUGAGGUGGAGUUAUACAGCUCCAAAGUAAGACUGGUGCGACUCAUCAACCCCUGGGGCAAACAGGAGUGGAAUGGAAAGUGGAGCGACAAGUCAGAUUUGUGGUACAAAGUGAGGAUAGAAGAUCGGAAAAAAUGUUUCAACCGCGAGGACGGAGAGUUCUGGAUGCAACUGGAGGACGUCUGUUACUAUUUCAGCUAUUUAUCCAUCUGCUGUGAGAACCCUAACUUCAUAGACGGUGACCUUAAAUGUCAGUGGAAAUGCAUGACUUACGAUGGCAGCUGGGUAGCAGGGAGAUCUGCAGGUGGCGGCGUGAACAACUCCACCUUUGCAACAAACCCUCAGUAUCGCAUCCAGGUGAGUGUUAUAGACAAGGAAGAGCCAGAAGACAAAAACGUCUUGCUCUCCCUGAUGCAGAAACCUCAGCAGGGGCAACGCAGACAGAGACGAUUCUACCCCAUUGGACUAACCAUUUAUAAGAUUCCACCAGGGACCCCGCAAGGACACCUAGGGUCCUCUUUUUUUGAUGGUAAUAACCCCCUGAAGACACCCAAUUUUUACAGCUUCAACAGCGAUCUGACCGAACUACACAGUCUGGAACCUGGAGAGUAUGUGAUCAUCCCGUCCACCAUGAAACCCAACAUGACUGCCGAUUUCGUUCUUACUGUCUACACCAAGGCUGAUGUUGAGAUCAGCUCCCACAGUGGAGGUGAUGAAGAGGAGGAAUUGAUUCUUCCUCAGAUCCGAGACAAGCCCAAAGAGGAGACCACAGAUAAGGACGCCAGCCUUAUUUCCUUGUUUAACCUGUAUGCAAAUCAGAAUGGUGAGCUGCUUGCUGGACAACUCCAGAAACUCCUGAAUGACAGGUUCCCUCAUGGAACCUUGUAUGGCUUUGGUUUGGAUACCUGCAGGAGUAUGAUUGCUUUGGUGGAUCUUGACCAAAGGAUGACAAUGUCUUUUACUGAAUUUUUGAUUCUUUGGAACAAGAUUCAAGAAUACAAGAAACUCUUCCAUCAAUCUGAUCUUAAUCAAAGUGGAUCCUUGACUGACUUCGAGCUCCAGAGAGCAGUUGAGGCUGCAGGUCUGAACGUGAAUGACAGGACGGUGAGGCUGAUGAUGUUUCGGUAUUCACGCUUCUCUGUCACCACGUUGGAGGAUUUCAUCACUCUCAUGUUGCGACUGGAUAAGAUGUCAAACAUUUUCAAGGACAAAUCCUCUGAUGGAACAAUGCACUUGACCUGGGAUGAGUGGAGCAACAUCUCCAUGUACAACUAGACCAAAGUGAGCUCAGGAGAGCUGCAGGAGAAGACUACAACUAGACUUGCAUGGGAGCUGGAUGAUUUGUAUAGAAGUAGCAAACAUACUACUAACCAUUACUUAUACUUGGAGCUAGAGAAAGGAUUUUCUUUUUCUUUUGAAAAGCAAAUAAGCGAACUAGAAUUUUUUGGACACUCACUGUUAUCAUUUGUUCAUGUAAGAAUGAGUGCUUUGCAAAAUUACACCUUGAAGACUUUACUUAAUCUUUACAUAAAGCCAAGUGUAUCAUAUUUGAUAUGCAACUCAAAUCAAACUCUCUGCUCUCUAGUUCAAUAUGAAUUCAGCAGUGUCAAGCCUGCUUGCAGUGACAGUAAUCUGCUAUGGCCACACGAUGCCAGUCAUGUAAAGGAUGGAUGCAAAGUAGAAGAAACUGUAUAAGCUGUUUGAGAUGUAAGGGGUGAUAUUACUUUUACUCUGAAAGGUUUUAACUGAUGUCUAUUUUUAAAUUUAAUUCGACAGGGAAACUGGUUGCCUUGCUUGCCCCAACAGAAAGCCACUUGUUCAUGCACUGUAAAAUUAUCUAUUUUCAUCUGCAACUUUUCUUUUUGGAUUUUGAUCUGUGGAUUUGAUGCAUUGCCCUCUCUGUUUUCUAUUAUUCAUUUCUUUAUAUGCUCCCUUCUAUGAC